AUGAAUCAUAACGUUCACGCCAACUUCGAACUCAUACAAUCAUCUCAACAAGAAUACGAAUUAUAUAUAGAUGAACUUGGUAUUUCCAAAAUUAAUCUUGGAACAAUGGAAAUUACCCAUAGCAUUGAGAAUAUUGAGAAUUACGGUGAUUUUAAUGUCAUAAUAGAAGUUCAUGCCUUUAUCAAUGCUUUAAAUACCGAUAUAUGUGUCGAUAAAAUGGAGUAUCGAAUCAACAAUCAUGAUCAAUCUCGAACAAGAACUUGGAAUAUUAACAAUAACAACAUGCCAGUUCACGUUGUUAAUAGAGUUUAUGUCCGAUUCUUCGUUUUUAAUGUUAACGGUGACGAACAAAAUGAUCACCAUGUAAAAUUCAAUACCUUAACUAGUUAUCAAUGUAUGUAUUAA